AGAGAAACAAAUCGACAAUUCUAGUGAAAGGGUAAGAAAUCUCCUAUGAAAUUCCGUUUCAGCUUUUUUAUAGGGUACGGUCUUCCGGAAAUUUUUCCGAUUUCGUGUCACGUCACAAGUUGGUGAAAGGUGGAAUAUUUUCUUUUAGCUAAAUUGCUGAAAAUAUUGCACAGAAAUAGCUGGAAAUUGCGUGAAAUUGAAGAGUGAAUUUUGUGAAUAUGAGUGAAUCUGAAAAUUCGACAUCCGCCUAUGCGGAGUUUGUGAAGCCGCAACUUCAGUACAACGAAGACGGCUGGGGCCCAUGUGAGAAAAUUGACUUCAGAGACAUGCCCUAUCAGCCUUUCAGCAAGAGUGACCGUCUGGGGAAGAUCAGUGAUUGGACAGGAACUGCUACUGUGGACAAAAAGUUCCCAAAUAAAUAUGCGAGUCAGUUUGGAACGGGCAGUCAGUAUGCAUACUAUCAUGAUGAGGAUGAGACUACGUUCCAUCUGGUGGACACGGCUCGUGUGCAGAAGCUUCCGUACCAGCGUGGCCGCUUCCGUGGCAACAUGAGGAAUCUGAGAUAUCCAUUCAGGGGUCGUGGGGGCCGUGGCGGUGGCCAGGGUGGCCUCCAAUCGCUUGGGAAGAGUGUCAAGAUGAGGGAUCAGCGUCGUGGAACAACAGGUAGGAAAUGGGGAGUUCGUGGGCCACCGCCAAAGAUCCGUGAUGCUUCGGUGACUGUACGUCCAGACUGGCUCACCAUCGAAGAAAUGGACUUUCCACGUUUGGCCAAGCUAUCGCUUCCGGGCGUUAAGGAGGGCGAGGAUAUUAUGUGCUGCGGAACUCUCGAGUACUACGACAAGUCCUAUGAUCGCAUCAAUGUGAAGAGCGAGAAGCCACUGCAGCGUGUUGAUCGUAUCUUCCACACGGUAACCACCACUGAUGACCCAAUCAUCCGUUCCCUCAGUAAGUCCGUGGGCAAUGUGUAUGCCACGGAUUCGAUUCUGGCCACAAUCAUGUGCUGCACUCGCUCCAACUACUCCUGGGACAUUGUCAUUGACAAGAUCCAGGACAAACUCUUCAUGGAUAAGCGCGACAAUACUGAGUUCGAUUUACUAACGGUAAAUGAGACUAGCGUGGAACCACCGCAGGACGAUGGUAACUCCCUCAAUUCGCCUCGAAAUCUCGCCAUUGAGGCCACUUUCAUCAAUCACAACUUCAGUCAGCAGGUGCUGAAGAGUGGCCCGACUGAGAAUAAAUUCAAGUUCCCAGAGCCGAAUCCGUUCAUUGGGGAUGAGGAAGAGGGUGAAGUGGCCAGCGUGGCCUACAGAUACCGCAAGUGGGAUUUGCACAAUGGAGUGGUUCUUGUUGCUCGCUGUGAGCACGAUGCUGUGGUGAAUAUGCCAAGUGGGGAUCAUCAAUUCCUCACGGUGAAGGCUCUCAAUGAGUGGGACUCGAAGCUGGCCAAUGGUGUUGAAUGGCGUCAGAAGCUGGAUACACAGCGUGGUGGUGUUCUGGCCAAUGAACUGCGCAACAAUGCAUGCAAACUGGCCAAAUGGACGGUUCAGGCUCUUUUGGGUGGAUCGGAUCAGAUUAAAUUUGGCUAUGUGUCCCGAGCUCACGUGAAGGAUUCUUCGCGUCAUGUGAUCCUGGGUACUCAACAGUUUAGGCCAAAUGAAUUUGCUACGCAAAUCAAUUUGAGCAUGGACAAUGCCUGGGGUAUACUCAGGUGCAUUAUUGAUUUGUUGAUGAAGCAGAAGGAUGGCAAGUAUUUGAUCAUGAAGGAUCCCAAUAAGCCCAUGAUUCGUCUCUAUGAUAUCCCUGAGAAUACCUUUGAGACAGAUGGAUCGGAGGAGUCUGGAGAUGAGGGAGAGACUUUCCAGCCACUUUAUACUUACAGUGGAGGAGAUGGGAAUAAGAAGAAUUAGGAAGUUCUACCCGAAUUGAUUAGCUAUCUCUACUUUUUUGCAAGAAUAUUUUCCAGGGAGCAGUCCCUUAGAUAUUGGUUUAAAUUUUUAAAUAAUAAUUGUGUAUUACUUCUGUGGAAUAAAGUGAAUAAUCCCAAACCGAAAAA